AUGAGUGACGCUCCGGCAGAAGGUGCGCCGGCGCCACCACCGCCACCGCCACCGCCACCGCCGCCUGAAGGCGCAGCACAAGAAGGGGCUGCACCGGAAGGAGGUGCACCAGCCGGAACCGGGCCACCAGUACUAACCAUCGAUCCACCAAUCAUUACCGUUCCAGCUGCUGGUGGGCAAUCUGUUCAUCAGCUUAACAACUCGGGCGGCACCCGUUUAGCUUUCAAGGUAUCAUUUUAA